GCUGGAGAAGAAUGAGAUGGGUUCGCUGAUGAGGCUGUGCGGAGAUCUGGGAGAGUUCUUGUAGCGGGACUCGGUUGUCUUUUCUCGGAUUACUUAUAGCAGACUUUUUGUUCCGUGGUGGAUGCUCCGCUCACGGCUGUUGCCUUCCCAUACAUAAAGAUGCCUUAAAAAUCUACCAUGGACAAAUAUAUUAAGAUUCACAAGAUUGGUGAAGGAUCUUUUGGAAAAGCAAUUCUGGUUAAAGCAAAGGAAAAUGGCAAACAGUAUGUUAUUAAAGAAAUAAACAUAUCCAAGAUGUCGAAUAAAGAGAGAGAAGAAUCAAGAAGAGAAGUUGCUGUGUUGGCAAAUAUGAAACAUCCAAAUAUUGUUUUGUACAGAGAAUCAUUUGAAGAAGCUGGCUGUCUUUACAUAGUAAUGGAUUAUUGUGAAGGAGGAGAUCUGUUUAAAAAAAUCAAUGCACAGAAAGGAGUCUUCUUUUCAGAAGACCAGAUCAUGGAUUGGUUUGUACAAAUAUGUUUAGCAUUAAAGCACGUACAUGAUAGAAAAAUUCUGCAUCGAGAUAUAAAAUCCCAGAAUAUAUUUUUAACCAAAGAUGGAACAAUACAGUUGGGAGACUUUGGAAUAGCUAGAGUUCUGAAUAGUACAGUGGAGCUUGCUCGAACUUGCAUAGGAACCCCAUAUUAUUUGUCACCAGAAAUCUGUGAGAAUAAACCUUACAACAAUAAAAGUGACAUGUGGGCCCUUGGUUGUGUUCUUUAUGAAAUGUGUACAUUGAAACAUGCAUUUGAAGCUGGUAAUAUGAAAAAUUUAGUUCUCAAAAUAAUCUCUGGAUCAUUUCCUCCUGUUUCUGCACGUUAUUCCCAUGAACUCCGGGGUCUGAUUUCACAAUUAUUUAAAAGAAAUCCUAGGGAUCGACCAUCUGUCAACUCCAUAUUGGAGAAAAUGUUUAUAGUUAAACGCAUUGAGAAAUUUCUUACACCACAGCUUAUUGCAGAGGAAUUCAGCCAUAAAGUAUUUCAGAAGUUUGGACCUCAUGCUGGGCCAGCAAAGAGACCAGCCCAAGGACAAAGCUUAGCCUCUGCUGCACCUGCUCACAAAAUUACCAAACCUGCUGCUAAAUAUGGAGUGCCUUUAAUACUUAAGAAAUCUGGGGAUGCAGCUAAGAAGUUCUAUGAGAAGCCUAUAAUUAAAUGUAGACAGGGCCCUCCACCUCCAUUGAAGAAAGGGAAACUACUAGAAGAAAGGAGGAAAAUGUUUGAGGAAGCAGUUAAAAAGAAAAGGCUAGAUGUUGUUGAGAAGGAAAAACAACAGCGUGAGCAGAUCAGUUAUAUGAAGGCUGAGCAAAUGAGAAGACUUGAAAAGGAAAGGAUGGAACGAAUAAACAGAGCCAGAGAACAAGGAUGGAGGAAUGUUCUCAGCACAGGUGGAAGUGGUGAAAUCAAGGCUCAGUAUUUUGGUGGGGGAGGAGCUGUUGUGCCUUUACCUAUCCCUGGUCGAGGACCAUAUGAACACUAUCAUGCUGUUUUUGAUCAGAUACAGCAACAAAAUCUUAAAAUAGAAGGGAAACAUACAAACUUGAACGAAAAGCCUAGUCAAGAGCCUAGUCAAAGAGGAUCUCCACCUGGAGUUCAUGCAGGAAUUCAUAAUGGGCCUGCAGCUCACCAUCAUUCACCUGAUGCUGAUGCUAUUAGGAAAGGAAUGAAAAGAUUGGAGGAGGUCUCUAGACAAGCCAAUGCAAACAGGCAAAAAGCGUGGAUAGCUGCAGAAAGAGCUAAACAAGUUGAAGAAUUCUGGCAACGGAAGCGAGAAGCCAUGCAAAACAAAGCCCGCGCUGAAGGACAUAUGGACACACUGCAAAACCUGACAGCUAUCUAUGGAGGCAGGCCCAUUUCUUCAAGAGGAAGGAAAGCCAGAAACAAGGAGGAAGAGGAAUACUUGGCAAGACUAAGGCAAAUUAGACUUCAAAACUUCAAUGAACGUCAGCAAAUUAAAGCAAAACUUCGUGGACAAAAGAAUGAAAACGGUGGUUCUCCUCUCCAUGAAAUAAAUGAAGAAGCAGAAUUAAGGCGUAAAAAAAUUGAAGCACUAAAGGCACAAGCAAAUGCCCGGGCUGCAGUCUUGAAAGAACAGUUAGAACGAAAGAGAAAAGACGCAUAUGAAAGAGAGAGGAGAGCUUGGGAAGAACAUCUACAGCUGGUGUCCAAAGGGAUAAAAAAUCCAGUGGGAGCUUCAGAAUUAAGUCCUACACAUAGUAAGCAGGAAGAAAAUUCUCCUACCAGACUAAAGUUCAGUUCACCACAAAUCAUCUCCAUGACAUCAGCUUUGAAGGAAGUGGGUGCAGAUGAAAAUGUAGCAGCUGCCCAGGAAGCUCUAGGAGAUAUUAAACCUGAUCUUUCUAUUCAGAACAAGCGAGAAAUACUUCGAAGGCUGAAUCAAAAUCUUAAAGCACAAGAAGAUGUGAAAGAGAAAAGGGAGCCUGAAGACAACUCUGGAAUCCCUGUGGCUGGCGAGAAUCACCACCAUCAAGAAGAAAUAUGUCCAGCUUCAGCUGAUCGAAAGAAAUGGGAAACAAAGGGACAGCUUGUAGUUCCACUAGCGCAAUUAACAAUGGAAGAAUCCCUCUCUCAAACAGAAGCACAAACAUUUGGAGAAGUUAUUAAGCUAGAUGUUACUGAACCCCAGCGAAAAGUAUGGGGUAAUAGCUUCACUGAUUCUGUAUUGAAGAUACUUGGGGAGGCUGAGUUACAGCUUCAGACAGAUGUGAUGGAUAACUUAAAUAUUACCAAUGAAUUUCCAAAGAAAACUUUAACAGAAGGAAAAAGUGAUGAUAGCACAGCAUUAACUUCUGUUGAAGGAAAAUCAUCUGUUGAAGCUGAUAAUAGUGAAAAGAUGGCAACAGCAAGGCUUCAUGGAUCUGAGUUACCCCAGUUAUCACCUAAACCUAAUCUGAUAGAAGAAUCAGAUGAUUUGGAAGCAGAAUUGCUAGAAGAAACCAAACGAAACAAAUGCCAAACAAAUACAGUUGCAGUUGCUGAAGUGUGGGUUAAUGAAGGAAAAGAAAAGGAAACAAUAUCACAAGAUUAUACUGAUAAUUGUCACUAUGAUGACAACAAAGAUCUUGCUACAGAAGAUGGAACUCAUAAAAAAGUACCAAUCCAUGAUGAAACAUCAGUAGAGACCAACAACCCAGCGCUGCCUGAACCCUUUUUUCAGAAGGUCCAGGAACAUCAAGCAAGGCUAGUAGCUUUUCCAGUUCUUUCAGCACAGUCUUCUUUUGAAGAUUCUCUUCCAACAAGGUCACGCUCUGUAUCACCAGAAAAGACAAAAGGAAAAAAUUCAGUGUUGAUAGGGCUUUCUACAGGUCUAUUUGAUGCAAACAACCCAAAGCUGCUGAGGACCUGUUCACUUCCAGAUCUUUCAAAAUUAUUUGGAACAUUAGUUGAUGUUCCCAGUGUUGCUGAUGUACAGAAUGAAGAGAAUCUUGAAAUUGAUGAUGUGGAAGAUGAGCCAAUUAAAGAACAUUCAGAUUCUGAAGAAAUUAUUUUUGGGGAGACUGAUACAGAUUUGCAAGAGCUUCAGGCAUCAAUGGAACAGUUACUUCGAGAGCAACCCAGUGAUGAAUUUAGUGAAGAGGAAGAAACAACAUUAAAAGCUGCAUGCCUAGGAAAUGAUACAGAGGUGGAGGAGGAUGGCAACAAUUUCAGUAGUGAAAGUGCUCUUAAUGAAGAGUGGCAUUCAGACAAUAGUGAUGGUGAUAAUGCCAGUGAAUGUGAGGAAUAUAAUAGUGUGUUCAGUCAUCUAGAAGAGCUGAGAUGUAACCUGGAGAAAGAAAUAGGCUUUGAAAAAUUCAUCAAAGUUUAUGAGGAAAUGAAGGCUAUACAUGAAGAUGAAGAUGAGAGCAUUGAUAUUUGUUCAACAAUAGUUCAAAAUAUUUUAGGAAAUGAACAUAAACAUCAGUAUGCUAAAAUUCUCCAUCUAGUGAUGGCAGAUGGAGCAUACCAGGAAGACAAUGAUGAAUGAGCACACUUUGGUGACAUUGUAAGCAAAAUGUAGGUGUAUGGAUUUUAUUCUGUAAUAACAAACCGUACAACAAAAAUAACAGUUUAUUGGAACAGACUUAAAAUCUUGUUGGUUGCAUGAAGAAAAUGGAAAAACAUGACUCUUCACCAUUUAUAGAUAGCUGUUGAUAUAUAGCUUCAUUCCUUCAGUAAUACACUGAACGCUGUGUUCCAUUUAAAAUGAAUAGCAAGGAAUAGAAAGGCUGACUCAGAAAUAAUUUACUGUUUGAAAGUAUCAUGUAUGAAUAAGCUCAUGAUCUAGUAGCUAUUACUGCUUUUUUCUUUUUACCUAAGCAGUAAAAAGAAACAAACAAAACAAUAUAUUUUUAUGUUUCUAACAACCUUGUUUAACACAAUCUUGACCACUGUUGCUGGAAUUUUUAAAGAUUACUAUUUUCUGUUCAUGAUGACCAUUUUUCUGUAACACUAGAUCUUAAGUGCACACUAUAUGGAAGUAAUUUCCCUGAAAUUAGUGGAACAUUUUACAUGUAUUUAAUAUAAACAUGUCUGAAUACUAUAUUUUUUGGAUUUUGCGGUAGAGUGUGUGUGUAAUAAAAUAUUUGCAAUUCUCAAUAUUUAUGUCAUAAUCAGUUUACCAUUUUUCCUUUGAAAUCCCUCAACCCAUUUUCAAUACUAUUUUUGUCAAAUUACAGUAGAAGAGAGACUACCAUUUUCCACUGCAAAUAAAGGGAGCUUUCAGUGUGAAGGUUUCUUGUUGGAGUACUAUGUACCUCAGCUAAGUCUGCUGCUUUUUUUGUUUGCCUGUAACAAGGCCAUCCUAGCAGAAACAAAUGCAAUAUUGCUGUUGUUUUGAAAAUUAUAUGUAGAUUUUGCAGCUGGGUUGUCUAAAGGGAAGAAGCUGAAUUUUAUUUUCCCUGCUUCUCAUUGAAAAUAAAUUAUUUAGUGGGGGAAGAAGAAUGUAUGUGAGAUGAUGAAUCAAAGCAUUUCUAGUGUGUAACAGAUAAUAUUGACCAGCUGAAUCAGCUAUAUAACAAGGUUUUAUGUUAAAAAAUAUAAUUCUGUAUUUCCUGGCUAAUAAUGGAAAGUGGAAUGUACAAACUUACAAUUACAAUUUUAAAGUAGUGUUAUUUUAACUAUAUGAAAUAAAUAUUUGAGGGGUUUUUGUAUCAUAGUUUGGAUUUUCUUGAUUUAUGCAGCUAAUGAAUUCCCAUGUUUAUAUUGCAGGAAAAAGAAACAAAAUUAAAACAAUAUUUAUAUUUUGUAUUUUAGACUAAAAUUUAGUUUACACACCAGGCAGUUAUGGAACAUUUACAUAUCUUUUAUGAAAAUAAAUGCAGGCUUCAGAUGGCAAAAGGCAAGAAGCUUUGUUGCUAACUGUGUAAGAGUAGAUGAGGUAGAAAUUGCUUCACAUGGAAUGUCCUGCUCCAUAUAGGAGGAACAAAAUCCAUGAGGAUAGAGAAUUUGCUGGAAGGAAACAUUUAGACUGGCCUUCUCAGUCAAAAAAUAAAAAAAACUAAGUCUUUAUAGUUUUCUCUUCAUGGUAAUCUGUCAGAUAUGCCUCCCUGCAGUCUUACGAGGUUCAAAAAACAGUUAAGUGGCUUAUUCUCCGUUUGAAAGUUAUGUAAGCAAAUUCUCAUUCAAAUGAGGACUGAGUACACUUGACUCUGAGCCCCAAAACUAGAAUGUUACUAGUUUUCUGUGGGUACUACAAAGAUUAUAUACAGAUUGGCUUUCUAAUUAACUGACUACAUGAAUAGAUGUACAACUUAUGUACUUGUUCUGCCUCCAAGGUAUUUAUUUGAUAGUUGAUAUUUACAAGGGAGGAAAACAUUAAACUAUUUACAGUACACGCAUCUUAAAAACUUAUAAAAUUUUUAUUGUCAGUUGCUGAACCCCUGAGCAGAGAAUAAAAUGUGGCUGUCAUUGGACACU